UGUUCAUAAAUACUGCAGUGUGCUCUGUGGCGCUGUUGACUUUUAACGUUAAAGACGGAGUAGAGGUUAUUUUAAUUUUAUACGGAAAUAUGGCGUCGGAUUCGGGCUAUGGGCAGCCAGGAGCCCAACAAAGCUAUGGAUCUUAUGGUGGAUCACAGAGCUAUCAACAUGGUGCGCAGGCUUAUGGACAAGGUAAUGGAAGUAGCUCAUAUGGUGGACAGAGUUACGAGGGUUAUGGACAGUCGGAGAGUUUCAGUCAGCCAUCACAAGUUUAUGGCUUUGGACAGCAACCACCGCAGAGUUAUGAAGGUUAUGGGCAGCCAAGCUCGGAGACUUCAUCGGGGUAUGGAGACAAGUCUUAUGGGCAGCAAAGCUCUUAUGGACAGCAGGGCUCAUACGGUCAGCCAUCUGAAGGAGUACAGCCUGCUGGAUCAUUUGGAAGUCCGUCAGCCGGUUACGGAAGACGUACUGAAGGUGAUAGCAGGCGGUUUGGUGGUGGUAGUGGUGGUAGUGAAGAAGGAGGCAACAGGUCUGAGGGGUACAGGGGCCGAGGGCGUGGUGGCUUUGACCGCGGAGGCUUUGACCGUGGCGGUUAUGAUCGUGGUGGCUUUGACCGGGGUGGAAGAGGAGGAGGUCUGCCCUCAGGUGUGGGUGGUGGUGACCGUGGUGGCUACAAAAAUUACGGUGGACCCAGAGAGUAUGGUCAACGGGAUGAUUCAGGCGAAGAGCAAGACAACUCUGACAACAACACAAUCUUUGUCCAAGGCCUUGGAGAGGAUGUCACAACUCAUGAAGUUGCUGAUUUCUUCAAACAAAUUGGAAUAAUUAAGCUGAAUAAAAAGACUGGCAAACACAUGAUUAACCUGUACACUGACAAGGCCACCGGCAGACUAAAGGGCGAAGCCACAGUCUCGUUUGACGAUCCUCCUUCUGCCAAAGCUGCUAUUGAAUGGUUUGAUGGCAAAGAAUUCAAUGGAAAGCCCAUUAAGGUGUCCUUUGCCACCAGACGAGCGGAGUUCUCCCAGAGAGGAGGAGGAGGAGGCAGCGGGAGAGGCCGUGGUGGUUUCAGAGGCCGAGGAGGCUUUGGUGGAGGUCCCAAUUUUGACAUUAAAGGAGGAGACUGGCUUUGUCCCAACAGCUCUUGUGGAAACAUGAACUUUGCCCGGCGAUACGAAUGCAACAAAUGUGGCGCACCAAAACCUGGAGAUAGUUUUGAAGAUCGUGGCAGUAGAGGUGGAGGUGGCAGCUACGGUGGUGAUCGUGGUGGCUACAGAGGUGGAAGAGGUGGUUUCAGAGGUGGAGACCGUGGUGGUUACGGUGGUGGUGGAGAGCGUGGAGGCUAUGGUGGUGGAUACAAGAUGGGAGGAAGAGGGGAGCACAGAGAGGAAAGAAGAGACCGGCCCUACUAAAGGAUUAGGAGACGUCAUUCUAAUCCAGGAAGCUGGAAAGGGAGGGUGGGCGGGAGGGAGGGGAUGUAAUAUGGGGAAUUAAAGUAAAGGAUGGGUCCAUUUUUCCACAGUCUGCAUAACUCUUUGGCCAGACAGUCUCAUGUAUUGCUUGCAGUGGCUGUUUUUCCCAGUAGGAUCAUUGUUCAUCAACUAUUUAAGCACUCUGGUUUGAGAUAACUGGGAACAGGAAGCGGGGGGGAGGGAUAUGGGGUGCUAAAGGUGAUUUUUGCUAUUUUUGUUACUUUCUUUUAAUUUCCUCAACCUGGUAGAAUUCACGUUAAGUAUGUGGUAGACAUAAUUGUGUAUCAAUUUCUUUUUUGUUUUGUUUUUUUUUUUUUUUUUUUUGUAAGACUUAAAUGAACUGUUUUACUUGGGAUUUUCCUGUUUGGAAGUGAUAUUAAACAUGAUUCUAAUCUUACUGUGUGACUCUUUGGUUUUGCUGGGGUGAUGAGCCGGAGGAGCAUGUCCUUUUUCUGUCCUUUUGGUUUUCUUUAGCUAUUUAUUUGCUGUUCUUACAAGCUUGCUGGCUUGGAUUUGAUAAGGUUUGCCAGUGUAACCAGUACCCCCACCCCAAAAUAAAGGUUCUGGGCUGGAAGAAAUGCAUUUGAAGGUUUAAUAAAGCUAUGUAUAUGAAUAGACCAUA